UAUUGAUGCGGAAGUGGCGCUGCCCUCGGCGGACAUCGCCCCUGAUGAGGAGAUCGCCGGGCCGUGCUGGGACCCGCUGCUCAGCCCACGUUCGAAGGCGAAUCGCCCGAGGCUCGUGGACUUCUUGGCUCGGCUGGCGGCGCGCAGCCUAGUCGACGGGCGACGCCGCCGCAAGGCCUGCGUCGGCACGUUCUUCGUGGCCAAGAAGAACGGGGGCAUCCGCGUGGUGGUUGAGGCUCGACAGGCCAACCAACUUCAUCGGCUCCCUCCUCGAACCACUUUGGCAUCGGGCGAGGCUAUUGGCGCCAUCAACCUCCUCGACGCGGUGGGCGCGUCGCCCGAGGACGCGGCCGACUCCGACGGCUGCUUCGACUCGCUGUGCGCCGGCUGGGUGGACCUGCAGGACGGCUUCUACCAGUUCAGCGACCCGGCGCGGGGCUCUUGGAUGUGCUUCGACGUGGAGGUCACCGCCGGCGAGUUGGGGAUCGACACGAUCUACGACGAGGGCUUGCGCUGCCGGAUGCACGGGAACCGGGUGGCCAGAGCGCCUUGCGUCGACAAUGGCAACAUGGUCUCCUUGUCGGCGGCCGCGCUCGACGAGAGGCUCGCGGCGCCCACGGCGGAGCUGGGCCGGCGCGGGCUGCGCUGGCACGAGCUCGAGCGGGCCAAGCCGGGUCUCACCGUGCUGGGCCUCGAGCUCGACGGCCGCUGGGGCCGCCUGCGGCACGCCGCGAGGCGGGCCUGGCGGCUCUACCUGGCGCUGCAUCGCGCGGCGGAGGCGCCGUGGCUGGCGCGCUGGCAGCCUCGGCGGAUCGCGGGGCACAUCGCACGCUAUUUCUUCGCGUUGCGGCCGGGUCUCAGCGCCCUCGGCGAGUGCUACGACUUCAUCGGUGGAGGGCCCCUCGACCCCGUCGUUCGCCUACCACGUGGUGUCGUGGCCGAGCUACGCGUUGCCGCUGGGCUGGUCUUCUUGGGCGAGGUGGACCUCUGCUGGGCCCCGGCUGACGUCGCCUUCGUCACGGAUAGCCCCCUCAAGGGCUACGCCGUCUGCCAGGCCCGCGCGCGGCCAGCGGAAGUGCUGGAGGCCACCCGCUGGAAGGGGCGCCAGAGGUUCGUUGCGGCCGCGGCGCCCGUCGACCCCGACGCAGAGGUCUUCCUGGGCCGCGCGACGGGGGCCCUCGACGGGGGCGGCGACUUCGACCUGGGCGCGCGGCCCCAGCUGCGCCAAGCGGUGGCGAAGCGCCGUCGGAUGGAGCUGGAGAUCGGGCGCAUCCAUGCGCUCGAGGCGCGUGCCGCCGUGGCGCCCACGCUGCGGGCCGCCGCCGACGUGGCCUUCCACGGGAAGGAGGUCCUGAGGCUUUGCGACUACAUGUCGAGCGUCUGCGCCUUCGAGAUGGGCCGGGCCAACGUGGCCGACCUGCGCAGCCGGGCCGCUGACAGAGGGGAGCUGCUUGCAGGCCGCUACCGGGGCCGCAGGCCGCUGCUCACCCCGGCGGCGGGGUCGCGGCAGGAGCUGGCGCUUGCCGCGCCGCGGCCGGGGCCAGGGCCCACCCUCUCGGCCGCCGUGGUCAGCGGUGCCGGUCGCCCCCCG